AAGCCUGCGCGUCAUUGCCUGACGCCAAGGGUUGGGGUGUGCAGGCGCAGAAGUUAUCUUGCUUUAAACUUACAUACUUUGAACUUUCUAUUUUAUUUUUAAACAACUUUAUUUCAUAAAAAUCAAAGAUUUAUAUAUUUGUUUUUAAACAGAUCAUCAAAUCUUCAAAAGAUGAUUGACAAGGUUACCGGAGCAGCGGCUUUGCCUUUUGCAGUCCAGCUCAAAGCUCUUCUGGACCAAGAAGCCAGAUACCAGCCCAAACUCAGUGGACUCCGAGUUAUCGAGUCUGCUCAGGAUAAUGGUCUGAGAAUGACUGUCAAGCUUCGAGACUUUCAAGUGAGAGAGCUUCUCUCCUUGACACGAUUCUUUGGCUUUAGUGGGGAUACGUUCUCCCUUGCUGUGAAUCUUCUAGAUCGAUUCCUGGCUGUGGUGAAGAUUCAACCCAAGCAUCUGUCAUGUGUUGGUCUCUGCUGCUUCUACAUCGCUGUGAAGACUUCAGAAGAAGAGAGGAAUAUUCCUUUGGCCAGUGACCUCAUCAGGAUCAGUCAGAAUCGCUUUACGGUCCAUGACAUGAUGAGGAUGGAGAAGAUUGUUCUGGAAAAGCUCUACUGGAAGGUCAAGGCUCCAACUGCCCUUCACUUCCUCAGAUUCUUUCACUCUCACAUUCAAGAGAAGAUGGACGCAGAAAGUAAGAGGAUUCUGAACAUUGAGAGGCUUGAGGCUCAGUUGAAAGCUUGCCAUUGCUCCUUUAUUUUCACUAAAAUAAAGCCUUCACUGCUUGCUUUGUCCCUUCUGGCCCUGGAGAUCGAGGAUCAGCACGAGUGUGAGCCAGUUCCGGCUCUGAAAGAGGCUCUAGAUGCUCUACAGGAGCGUUUGUCUGUUAAAGCUGGAGACCUGGUUUGCAUGAGGGAGCUUGUUGCUAAAUGCCUGGCUGAAUACGCCACCACCAAGUGCCUGAAACCAAAUGGCCAGAGACUGCGAUGGAUGAUUUCGGGUAGAACCGCCAGACAACUGAAGCAUAGUUACUACAAGAUUGCACAUCUACCCACGAUUCCUGAAUCUGCUUAUUAAGACUGUUAGUGUUGAGUGCCCAUGACUGAACAACUUAAUUCAGUCCUAUGGAAACCUGUGUGAUUGGUUUUAAUACUUUAAUCUAUGCUAUGGACACCCAACACUAAUUUCUUUAAAGUGCUUAAUUUCUGCUAACUUUAAUUCCUUCCUCAGUCUUUAUGUCCUCUGACACCUGCUGCCGUGAUUGUAUUUAUUUAACAUCCACACUGGCUCAAUCUUGAUUACUAGUCAAGGGUGGGUUUGAGCAAGUUUAUCAGAUGGGUUUCACUGGUAAGGCUUGCACAUGUUCAUUUGAAUCGGCGCAAGAAGCGCUGGUUGUUUAAAGCAAUGAAGUAUAGAACCGCCUAGGUCCUCAGUCCACUGUGUGGAAGAGGAGGGAGAAGGGUUUUGAGAUUCAAGACAACAACAGAACCAAGAGAUCAGGCCCAAAACCCUUAACUCCCACCCUAGGUUGUCAGCUGUUGUAAU